AUGGCUGUCCGAUUUACUUUGACAGAAGACAUGUUCGACCCUUACAUCUCGCGUCAGAUCGGUUACCUGGGAGCAACGUUCGAAAAUGAAGGGCAGAAUACACCCCGCACCCGCAAUCGGGCACGCGACUCAGGAUUAGGCGCGUUGGAGCUAAACAGAGCUACCCUCAUGCUCAGGACUCGGAAUGUUGUAUCCCUCAUGGGUUUGAACCCUGACUUGUCAAUUCACCCACAGAAACCAAGGGUCAUGGACGAACGUGACAGGUCCACCGACUUCCUUCCGGUGUACAAGCGAGGAGAUCUUCUGGCAUCGGCAGAUAAAAAUAUGAAUCCAGAAGGAUAUUUCACCGGCUUCGUGCAACGACGGACUCGCUUCAAGCGUCUACCUCACUUCGAGCGCGUUGGGCGGCGCCUCACCCGACCCCGUCGAGAGCGAAAAGCUGAGAACCACCUUAUCCAGCGCUCGCGCAGCAUCUCCACUGUCAAAAACACAUGUAUUCCCCGAAAGCACCAGUAUAAUAUGAAACCAAAGAAAAACAGUUGGCAGAAUGGGGGAAGGAUAAGAAGGGGAAAGUGA